UAGAUUUAGAUUAGAGUCUGAAAUCUCAAUCUUGGGUUGGUGAAUGUCUGGUUCUGGUGUUUGAUCUGGACCCGAUUUCUGUUGAUUAGAUGUUGGAUGAUAAACUACAAUGCUCAAGGCUAUACAGAUCCUCGGUCAAACUUCUGGUUUAGUCACUCAUCGGUUUAAACCCUCUUCGGCGAAUUGCGGGGCUUCUUUCUUCUCAGUUUCAAUCAUACAAUCCUCCUCCUCUCCUCCUAGAAGAAGAAGAAGGUCGGCUACCAUUUCCAUUCCACCCUUUUCACUUCAAAGAGGACGUUCCUUCAGAUCACCCCGGAUGUCUCUACCUCAUUCCGACUCCAACCCAGAUGGAACUUCUUCUUCAUCUGCCGCCGCCGCCGCCGCGUUUAAGUCAACUGGAAACAAUCGUAAUAUAAAUUUCUGUCAGCUGUGUGGUGGCUCAACAAAGCAUGAGAUUCCCGAUGGGGAAGAGAAAACCAGAGCUAUCUGCACAUUGUGUGGGUAUAUUACCUAUGAGAAUCCGAAGAUGGUCGUGGGCUGUCUGAUUGAACAGGACAACCAAAUUUUGCUCUGCAAAAGAAACAUUCAACCGUCACAUGGUCUUUGGACACUCCCGGCUGGUUACAUGGAGAUUGGAGAGUCUGCUGCAGAAGGUGCAAUUAGAGAAACUUGGGAAGAAGCAGGUGCUGAAGUGGAGGUUUUGUCACCGUUUGCUCAACUAGACAUUCCCCUUAUCGGCCAAACAUAUGUAAUUUUCUUAGCGAAGUUGAAGAGUCCCCAUUUCUCACCAGGACCAGAAUCAUCUGAUUGUCGACUUUUUCCACUUGACGAAAUACCAUUUGAUUCUUUGGCAUUUUCAUCAAUGUUGGUUACACUGAAACUGUAUGUUGAAGAUAAAAAAGUUGGAAGAUUCAAAUUUCAUUAUGGUACCAUUAACAAAAGGCCAGGAACAAGCCCUUCUGACAUUCGUGCCUACACACUUGAUCAUCAUUUGCAGUCGUAAGCAGGUUGAUUGAUUUUCCAAGUGAAAGAAAUUGUCUGUUUUGAGCUCUCAACAUUUUGGUACCAAUUUUUCCAUUAUUUCAAAAGGUGUAAAAACUUGUUAAAGUCUAACAUUUGUUCAAAUCUCUGAAUCUAGAGAGGUGUCUUGUUGAUCCUAAAGUCUCCUUUCUUCUU